AUGAAGAACCACGUGCGGUGGUCGCUUGCGCUGCUACCGUGGGUAGCAGGCACUGUCCUCGGCCAAGACAACACUACUGCAGUAACAUCUCCGUUGGAAAUCUUGUCUAAGAUCCCACAAUGCGCCGUGUCUUGUAUCACGACUGCGUUCGGUAACUCGGGCUGCAGAUUGGACAACAUCGCUCCAUGUAUCUGCACCAACCUCACACUUCUCGAUGGGUUAUCCGGAUGCGUGCAAACGUCGUGCAUAUGGCAAGAUCAGCUUGCAUUGUCUUAUUUGACAGAUGACCUGUGCCGUCCUUACCCACACCCCUCUCGAGAUGUCGAAAUCAAGCUGGUUGUUGCUGCGUUGGCGAUCACAACGUUUCCGAUUGUGGCAUUGAGAAUGAUUUCAAGAUGGAUCGUAGCAAGCCGCUUGGAGCUUGACGACUGGAUGACGCUAGCCACGGCCGGCAUACUAGCCGCCACCCUAGGUUGCGUGAUUGCGACUGCCGAACUUGGAUUUGGGCUUCACUAUUGGAAUGUAAACCCGGAAAAUGCACAGACAAUUCUCCAGCUCUAUUACGCCGUUCAAAUGCUCUACAUCAUCGUCCUCAUUUUGGCCAAGCUCACCAUUCUUGCCCUUUUUGCCCGCGUCUUCCCCGAUCGCAAGUUUCAAAUCAUCAACAAACUGGUGUUUGUGUUUCUAAUUCUUCAUGGACUGAUCUUUGUCUUUGUCAUCAUGUUCGAGUGUACACCUAUUGCUGGAAUUUGGGAUCGAACGAUCGACCGGCAGUGCGUCGACCUUAAUGCAGUGGCCAUGGCAAGCGCAAUCCUCAGUAUUGUUGAGGAUAUUGUCAUCUUUACCAUGCCCAUCCAACAGCUGAUCAGGCUCCAACUGAGUUUUAAAAAGAAGAUCGCCGUCGGCUUCAUGUUGAGUCUCGGAUCUUUUGCAUGCAUCACUUCAAUUGUUCGAUUACGCUGGCUCGUACUAUUUUCUAUAUCUUAUGACACCACAUGGGACAAUGUCGAUGUGGUCAACUGGAGCAUGGCUGAGAUCUCGUGUGCUUUAAUGUGUGGCAGUCUUCCUGCACUACGACCUCUACUCAAGAAGAUUCCUGGAUUUCUCACCACGAUACGAAGCACUCGACCAACAAUCGAGGUGAAAGAUACCCUCAACAGGGGAAGCCGCCUUCCUUCAUUUGGAGACAAAGAGUCUGUCGUUCCGACUCAGGAUAGCAAGCCUCGACAUCUCUCAGUAUCUUCCCCCGACUCGUCCCCAUCGGACGACUCAUUCAUGAUCAAGAUCCACAUUGCGGAGCAGCUUGAUCCAAGAAUGAAGCCACUACCACCGGCACCGCUGCAGCCACUUAGUUACCAGCCCCCUUGGAGAGAUAGUGGCACUUUGCAGACUCCAAGAACCCCGAUUACUCCGAUGAGCAUCAGGAGUGUCAGGAGAGAGGCCAACGCAGAGUACGAACUAGAUUUCAGAGGCGUCGUUGAUACGAAGACGUGGAUGUAG